AUGAUAAUCGAGUCUCAGGCUAAGAGUGCAGAACUCCUCCCGAAUUACGAGACGGCUACAAGAGGGUCGCGGCAGCCUCCGCAAGUCCCGCUAAUCUACACGUUCACGAACUGGCAGCAUGGCUCCAUGCUGGUGAUGCCUCCGCGAGACGCACCUUCGCAGCAACCUCUAUACCGGAUAACAGUGGACCUUGAUCUGAACCCUUUCCUGCCUGUGUCGUACAACACGCGGAUAAUGCGGUGUGGGAGGAGGGAGGGAGAGGUGGUGGGCGAAUUUGCGUUCGCCUUGAACAAUAAGCGUGCAGUACUACGGAUGGGAGAUCUUACGACACGACUAUCGAAUGCGCUAUACAGCGUCAAUUCAUCACCGCGUCAUUUUAACUGGAUCCUUGAGAACCGUCUACACUGGGAUUGCCGGUCGUCUCUACCCGAUGGUUCACCUCUGUGUAUCUGCUACCUCCCAUCUCCGCAAACCUCUUCCGACCCGCGAGCGCCCGCCUCAGCUUCCUCCGGCCAAUCAGUACAGGUUGCCACUUUCGUGCCGCCACCAGCCGACGCAUCGCCUCCGUUGCCCGAUGCCACGCUGACGGUGUUCCCGGGCGGGUUCGCGAUCAUGGACGAGAUCGUCGUGUCGGCGUUGGUUGUCGAGAGGAUGUUGACGAGGUAG